AGCGCAUGGGCAUUUGUGAGAAGAAGCAAGCGAAACAAGCGAGGGCGAUGGCGAGAUAUGGGACGUUUUUACAAGCGGAAAAUGAUCGGAAAACGAUGGCAGCAGCUGCUGCCGCGACUGGCAAUAAUAUCAAGAACGUAGAAAAUGAUCAAAAUACACUAGGCGGUGGAUCAUUGGGUGACACAUCAAUGUCAAUGUCUUCAACAAGGAAAUCAGCCGGAAGAAGUACGGCGACGCCUCAGACGGGUAGGGAAACAGCGAUACCAUUCUCGUCAAGAAGAUCGUCGAUUGCUAUGGACUACAGCGGUGAUAGAGAUUUGUUACUCAAGAACCCGUCGAUAUCGUCAAAGCACAUGUUGCCCAAACAGGGAAAUUCCAAGACAAACCUACUACAACAACUUAAUAGAGGGCCUUCAUCAGUCGAGAGUACCUCAGCACAAUCUUCACCGGCUGAGCAAGGGAGGUCGCCUGGACGAAACUCGCGGAUUUUGAACAACAGAUCUUCGACAUUGAUGAGUCGCUCAACUGCUUCAAGAAGCAGUAGCAGAGACAGAGGAGGGCAUAGACCGAGUUUGAGUAACAAAGGUAUAAUUUCUCGGAGCAGUAGCAUAGAUGGAGGUAGACAGAUGAACAUGGGCAGACGAAAUUCUCAGGUGUUCGAUCGCUCUGAUGAUCUACGUAGGACUAUAUCUUCACAGCAGCGAGGACCCGCCGAUAUGCCUGCGAGAGGGAGCAUCCUGACCUCAAGAAGCAGGGACUUUCAGGACACGAGACGCGGUGGGGCGGCACCUUCAAGUAGAGCCUCUUCGAGAGCUAGCAGACCUUCGAGUCGGACAUCUUCAGGUAGCAGCUACACUUCGCGGUCUGUUUCUUCUUCUACUUUGUCAGAAGAUGAGGCUUCGUCGGCAAGACCUUCGCGGCAAAGAAGUGGAGGUGGGAUCGCAACAGCUUCGUCAACAAAUGCUGCAAAUAGAAACUCUACUAACUCAUCUAUGAUGGUGAAAAGACCUUCUCGUAGCAUCGUUCGCCAAACUAGUACCAAUUCUAGUACUAAUACUCAGCGCAACAGUACAACUCCUAAUUUCGGUACAACUAGCGAUAUUGCGAAGCGAAGCAGCAUAACACGUGGAAGAGACAGCUCCGCAAGAGUGAGCACCAGUUUGGAACCUGGUCGUCGCGCUAGUGCUACAGCCAGAGCAUCGCUAGCUAGGGGGAUGGGAAGCUUGUGGUGAAACCAUGGCUUUUUUCUAAAAAAGAUUGAUUUGAUUAGUUGAACCGCUUUUCCGUACCACAAAUCUAAUGAAAGAACGACAAUUACCGUUUAUUUGACCUAAAUUUUACUUUGCGUGAUUUGACCUUGCACUCCUUUCUCUUACUCAACACUUUUCUUUUACACGUUCUUCACUUACUGAUAUACGAAUCGCUUGCAUAACUGCCCUAUGUUUCCGCUUUUUGUAGUUUGAUCCUUUCUCCAUUUCCAAUAUGCAACUCUUGUUUUUCCAUUACUGACGAAGACGAGCAUAACAAGUGCAUGAAGAUCUCCGAGACGAUAGAGCUUGUUCAUGGCAUCCUGGAU